AUGACUUCCACCCGAAGUAGCGUCGUCUUCAGCGGCGACGAGACUACUCGUGCACCGACCCCCAACACGCUCGACGAGGCUCGCCUGGAAAAGCUCGAGUCUCCUCGAGCUUCGCCUCGCGCCUCAUCUCCCGUGGGACCAGCUGCCGACCUGAAGAAGGAAUCCGACGGCAACAGCAGCGAUGGCGAGGGCGACACGGCCCGCCAGCAGACCGAGGAGGAGUAUCCUCAGGGCAUCCGCCUGGCAUUCAUCAUCGUGGCCCUCGUUCUCAGCAUCUUCCUCAUCGCUCUGGAUAUGACCAUCGUCGCGACCGCCAUCCCCAAGAUCACCGACGAGUUCCACGGCCUGGACCUGGUCUCGUGGUACGGCUCCGCCUUCUUCAUGUGCGUCGGCGGCUUCCAGUCCACCUGGGGCAAGGCGUACAAGUACUUCAACCUCAAGGCCUCCUUCCUGCUGGCCAUCGCCAUCUUCGAGCUCGGCUCCCUGAUCUGCGCCGUGGCGCCCAACUCGACCGCCUUCAUCGUCGGCCGCGCCAUCGCCGGCGUCGGCGCCGCCGGCGUCGGCUCCGGGUGCUACACCAUCAUCGGCUUCGCCGCCACGCCGCAGAAGCGGCCCAUGUUCACGGGCAUCGUGGGCGCCGCCUACGGCAUCGCCGCCGUCAUCGGCCCGCUCGUCGGCGGCGCCUUCACCGACAAGGUCUCGUGGCGCUGGUGCUUCUACAUCAACCUGCCCAUCGGCGGCGUCUCCAUCGCCAUCCUCGUCUUCUUCUUCUCGUCCCCGCCCGCGGCCCGGCCCGUCGAGGCGCCCCUCGCCGAGAAGAUCCUGCAGAUGGACCUCGUCGGCACCGCCCUCGUCAUGGGCGCCAUCAUCUCCUACCUCCUGGCCCUGCAGUGGGGCGGCCAGACCAAGCCCUGGGGCAGCGCCGAGGUCGUCGGCACCCUCGUCGGCUUCGUCGCCAUCCUCGCCGCCUUCGCCGCCUGGGAGUGGUGGCAGGGCGAGCGCGCCAUGAUGGCGCCCCGCCUCGUCCGCCAGCGCACCGUCAUCGUCUCGUCGCUGUUCGCCAUGCUCUUCGCGGGCUCCUACUUCGCCGUCAUCUACUACCUGCCCAUCUACUUCCAGAGCAUCGACGACGUGAGCCCCAUCAUGUCCGGCGUCCGCAACCUGCCCCUGAUCCUGGCCGUCUCCGUCGCUACCGUCUCCUCGGGCGCGCUCAUCUCCAAGACGGGUCUCGCCGUGCCCUUCCUCGCCGGAGGCAGCGCCCUGGCCACCAUCGGCACCGGCCUCAUCUACACCCUCGACAUCGGCACGGGCACCGGCAAGUGGAUCGGCUACCAGAUCCUCGCGGGCUUCGGCUUCGGCUUCGCCUUCCAGAUCCCCAUCAUCAUCAUCCAGGCUACUACUACCCCUGUCGACAUGGCCGAGGUGACGGCUAUCCUGCUGUUCUUCCAAACCGUCGGCGGUGCCUUCUUCGUGUCGGCCGCCCAGUCCGCCUUCCUCAACACCCUCCUCAAGAGCGUCGUCAAGUACGCCCCCGAGGUCGACCCCUCGACCGUCGUGCUGACCGGCGCCACCGAGAUCCGCCACGUCUUCCCCGCCUCCUCCCUGCAGGGCAUCCUGCUGGCCUACAUGGACGGCCUCAAGGUCACCUUUGCCCUCGUCCUCGCCGGCACCGGCCUGGCCUUCGUCAUCGGCCUCGCCUCCCGCUGGAAGCGGCUCAACACCGAGGCCCUCCAGGGUGCCGGUGGCGCUGCCUAA